ACUGCUGCACGAAGAUGGCGGCCGAACUGGUGGAAGCGAUGAACAUGGUCAAAAGUUUCCGGGUCUCAGACCUGCAGACGCUGCUGGCCUCAAUGGGUCGCAGCAAAAGUGGGCUGAAGCAGGACCUGGUGGGGCGUGCGCUGAGGCUGGUGCAGACCGAAUACAGCCCGGAGCUUCUGAAGAAUGUCAGGCAGCUCUACGAGUCGCGCUUUCCCAAAACAUCUGGCUGGCUUGCAGCACGGCGUCCAGAAGGCGUCCCAGUUGCCUACUCACCCCUCAGCUCCUCCCCUACUGCCACCUCUCAGGGCGCAGACUACCUCAACGGCAUUUCCAAACCGCUCCCCACACCUGCAGCAGAGGUCAAGCUGGUACCACUGCCCUUCUACCAAACUUUGGAGACACUCUUGCCACCAACAGAGCUAAUUUCCCAGAACAAUGAGAAACUGCAGGACAGUCAAUGCAUAUUUGAGUUAACACCGAACCAAGCAGACCAGAUCAGAAAUGCAAGUGAGCUUCGUCCAGGAAUCAGAUCAAUCCAAGUGGUUCUGAGAAUCUGUUACACGGACUCCAUUGGAGUUCAAGAGGACCAGUAUCCCCCAAACAUUGCUGUCAAAGUCAACCAAUCCUACUGUCAUGUGCCGGGCUAUUACCCCUCAAAUAAGCCUGGUGUGGAACCCCGUCGUCCUUGUCGACCUGUAAACAUCACUCCCUGGUUGCAUCUCUCCAGUGUCACUAACAGAGUCACCAUCACCUGGGGAAACUUUGGCAAGCGGUACUCUGUGGCAGUGUAUUUAGUGAGGGUCUUCACUGCAGCAGACCUCUUCAGCCAACUCAAACUCUGCUCUGUUGAGAGUGCAGAGCGCUGUCGUGAACGCAUACAAGACAAACUACGUUUUGAUCCAGAGAGUGAAAUUGCAACCACAGGCCUCCGGGUUUCUCUCAUCUGUCCAUUGGUGAAGAUGCGGCUCGGUGUACCAUGUCGAGUUUUAACUUGUGCCCAUCUUCAGUGUUUCGACGCAGUCUUCUUCCUGCAGAUGAAUGAGAAAAAGCCCACGUGGACUUGCCCCGUCUGUGACAAGCCCGCACCCUUUGAGCUGCUCACAAUUGAUGGGCUGCUUUCUGAGAUUCUGAAAGAGACAAGUGAGGACAUUGAGGAGAUUGAGUACUUGACCGACGGCUCCUGGCGACCCAUAAGAGAUGACAAGGAGAGGGACAGGGAAAGAGAACGCAGCAACACACCAGAGUACCCCGUUGUUGAUAUAUGCAUUCCUGAAGCAAACGGUCAUUCACCAGCCCACAGCAGCACCAGCCUGACGGGCAAAUCUGGAAGCAGUUCCGUGGGCAUGCCAGGAGUCACUGGAGGAACUGCUGUGGCACCGGGAGGAGGUGCAGUGGUAGAUCUGACUCUUGACUCCUCCUCUGAGGAGGAAGGGGGCGGGGCUGGUGGAGACAGUGAGGACACAGAGGACAGCGCUGACAGUCCUGCCCCAAAGAGGGGCCGAUACAACUACGACAAGGACCUGGUCACUGCCUACUGACCCCACAGCUCUGUCCCCUCAUAGACUGACACACACACAGAGACAGAGAGGCAGGGGGCUAAAAACUUGAGGACAGGAACACAGUAAUCCACUAGAUGCAACAACCCUUCCUUAUGCCCAAACAUCAGAGCCUUUUAGCAGCUCUGGUUAAUAUCCAGACAAAACAAACACACUCAAACAUGCACUGUUAAUGAAUCUUCAAUCUAGAGUGAUUAGGAUUCCUCUUUGUACUGUACACCACUGGAAGCAAAUCUAACUCUUUUUGGCCAACCGUCACCUUGCAGUGAAUAUCUGUACCGUCCUGCCUCUACUAAAGAAACUGAGUGGAUCAAGCACCCCAACACCACCACCACCACCACCACCACCACCACCACCACCAACCCCCCUUUCCUCUUCUCUCUCCAGACAAUUUCCUCUUUACCACCCCGUAUCUCUUUGUAUUUGACUCUGAAUUACAGGCUCUUUUAGCCAUGAGCGUUCAAUGUUUGCGUCUCUGAUUUUUGUCACAUUUGUGAUGAACAGGCAAGUUUAAAAAAUGGAGGCUCCUCAGUAGAUUUUGGUAAAAGGUCAAAAACAACUAAUGGAAAAGAGCAUGAAUAAUUUGGGGGAGGACAAGGCAAAGGUACGUGGAGUGUGAUGCAAAUUGAAACCUUUCCUGUUGCGUUAUUAUUUCUUUGUUCAGAGAAUGAAAUCAAAGCUUGAAAGGGUUUUUUCAGGAAUUUAUCCUUUUAAUUAUGAAAAGGCAGAACACAAUACUGGCCUCAAUGUGUGAUGCUUUCCAUUUUUAUUUUGUCCUUAGAUAAGAGAACCUACCUCAGUCAUAAAAACUUAGCAGACUGACCAGAGAGUAGCUAAGAAAGAAGCCGAGGACAGAAGAAUUGAUGAAGCCAAUUUUACACUGGAGAUUUUGUUUUCCUACAUUUUGUUUUUUAUUUUUUAAUUCCAUCGUUCCAUGCAGCUCUGUUUCCUCUGCAGCAACAAAAUCUUUGAAGGGUAAGCUAGUUUGUGGAUAAUCGAGCUAACUAGGUGUCAGUGACAGGUAGAGCUGUACCACUCAGUACAACAUUUCUGCUGUUAUCUGGCUGUAACAUGAUUUAUUAGGCUUGAUAUAUCAGCAGUGCAGAUGGACGCAACUCAUCAAAAUGACUCUGCGGCAGCUGUGCCAAAGCAGAUGUAUUUUAAGAAUUAAUUGACAGGAAACGGUUAUGAGAUUUUGGUGCCUUUUUUCUUUUUUUGUUAAACAGUGAAGAUUGGAGCCCAUUGUUUUAAGACUAGCUGAGCUGGCCAGCAGAUGAGACCCCAGUCUGAGGUGUUUUAUUUCAUUUAUGUUUUACUUAGACUUUUCCAGUUUGAGAAAUGGACAGAGAUGCAUUAAAAAAAUCUGAGGUAAAGGACAGUUAUGGAACCGGAUUCAGAAGCGCUGUCCUCCUUUUUUCCCACACUUUGGCCUCCUUCUCUGCAAAUAUCAUAUUUAUUUUACUGCUUCACAUUCUCUUAACAGUUAUGUCAUAAAUCUACAUGAUAUUGGGCUGUAGUUCUGUACAGACAGGAGCUUGUAGUUGCAGAAAGCAGGACCCCCCCUGCUGCAGUGGUUUGGGUGAUGAAAGGCUCGAAGGCUGUGCUGUUGAUGAAUGCUCCUUUUCUUUUCCUGUGAAUGAAUCCGACCUGGGUCAAAGAAGCAUUCAGAGUAUUUUGCUGUGGUGGGUUCAGCAUGUCUGACACAACAAAACUUAAUGAAGUGUCAGUAAGUGCAAUCCCACCAAGCUUAAGUCAUUGAUUGGAUUACAAAUUGUCCUGUCUGGAACAAGUGGAGCUGCUUCAACCAACGAUCCCCCUUGGCCUCCUUUCAAUGUAGAUAAGGUCAUAUCUAUUUGCUGGAAUAGAAUUGGACUUUAAUUGCUACAUGCUGUAGGCUUACAACUAAUAUUCCUCAGCACCUGCACUGGUAUUGUCAGUAUGUGAUUGCUGCUCCUCAGAUAAGGAUACACGGGCUGCAUGUGCAGGCUUUAGGUUUGCCUGCAGGAAGGUCAUCAGCGUUUGCUUGAAGAGAAAAUGUGUUGCUGUGUUGCUAGAGCUGUUUGCACUUUCAUCUGAUACUUCAUCCCAAUAUGGCUUAUUUAUUUGAAAGCCAAUGACCAUUGUGACCAGAUCUCCUCAACCAUCUCAUGCAUGGGAAUCAGAAAAUGUGAAACGAGAAAGGCAGCAGUCCUACUCCACUGUAAGACACUUGUGAGGGAAAAGGUAGUGACUCAGAUGAGUUGUGCAUGGUAUGUUUCCCUCUCUCAUCAUCCCUUUGUUGCAGUUUAAUCAGCACACAAUCUGGUUUUCUUUUGCCUUGCUCAAAUGCACAGAGAAACGACAUUUACACAUUGAUCCGGGCCCUCACUGUUGGUAAGUGCACCGUGUGAUAGGGUUGAUGAUUGAAAAAGUAGGUCAAAUCUGGUCUUCCAUUUUUCUCCUUCUUUUGACACAUUGACAUAGUUUACAAAAUCAAUGUAGUGCUGAAAAAAUUUGGUGAUCACACAAAAUUGAUCUGUCCCUGAAAAGGAUGUUCUAUAUAAGGCUUUUUGAAGCUAAAUAAUGUAAAGAACUUAAUACUUGUCUUUAACUAGGCAAUUUGUAUUUGUAAGUAACUGCUAUACAUAUAAAAACGACAUUGUUCAUUUGUUGCUAGAUAUAGAAGGUCAUUAUUUGAACGGAUCUCCUAAACUUCUCUUUGCCUUAUGGUUAAAGGUUAGAGGUGGUGCAGGUUGCUUCUGUGGAUCUGAGCCAGAUACGUUUGCAGGUUGUUUGGGAGCUAGAGAGAGCUGAGGGUCUGGUCUUUUUGUAGUGGCAUCUCUUAUUAUUAUAAUGCAUAAGGUAGCAUGGGCAGAGGCUUACAAUCCAUGAUGUAAAUGUUUUGUUUGUUGUGUUUUUUUAUAUGUUCAUAUUAAAAGACAAUAAAAUUUAAAUAAUAUUUUAUUAA